AUGUCACCUAUCCAUUCUAUAGUCGGGGAAAGCCAGAAGGAGGAAGUAGACGUACCUCUGUUUGAAUUGGCUACAAUCGCUAAUGCCACGAAUUAUUUCUCUCAAGCUAAUGUACUUGGAGAAGGUGGAUUCGGUCAUGUUUAUAAGGGUCAACUUUUAUCAGGACAAGAAAUAGCAGUGAAGAAGGUGUCAAAGAAUUCAAAGCAGGGUGCUGAAGAGUUCAGGAGUGAAGUAGUUUUAAUUGCCAAACUCCAACAUCGGAAUCUUGAAGGGCUCUUGGGAAUCUGCAUACAAGUAGAAGAAAGGAUGCUAAUCUACGAGUAUAUGGCCAAUAAGAGCUUGGAUUACUUCAUAUUUGGUUCGUGCCUGUUGACCCUUUCGCUCUAUAGCGUAUAUGAUUCAGUAUCUUACAGGGGUGGAAAUGAUGUGCAGAUCAUACUAGAAGCGCAUUAUUGGGCAUGGAAAGAGCGUUUCAACGUUGUUUUGGGUAUAGCGAGAGGAGUUCUGUAUCUCCAUCAAGAUUCAAAACUUCAUAUUGUUCGCAGGGAUCUCAAACCCAGCAAUAUUUUGCUAGACACCAAAUUGAAUGCUAAAAUAUCUGAUUUUGGCUUGGCAAGAAUUUCUGGUGACGAUCAAGAAGGAAAAACAAAGAGAGUAGUUGGAGCAUACUUGGGCAUGCUUCUGUUGGAGAUAGUAAGCGGGAAAAGAAAUCGAACAUUUACUCACUCGGAUCACAGCCACAAUCUCAUAGGACAUGCAUGGAUGCUAUGGAGUGAGGCCAGGGCCUUGGAACUAAUGGAUACAUGUUUCGUAGAUUUAUGUGUCGAAUCUCAAGUACUAAGAUGUAUUCAGGUGGGCGUUCUGUGUGUCCAAAAGCUCACUGAAGACAGGCCAGCAAUGUCAUCUGUGAUUUUCAUGUUGGAAAGUGAGGGAGCUGUCCUGGCUCAACCCAAGCAGCCUGGUUUCUUCAUAGAACGAAGUUUUGGUAUGGAAAAAGAACAUUAUACAGAAAAUGCACUUUCCAUAACUGAGCUCGAAGCUAGAUAG